GUAGACAAAAAAAAAGUUUCUCCAAAAAAGUUGCCCGAGGUCCAGGAGCUUGGGGCAGUAGUGAGCACUAACAUGGCUGAUAGUGGGGCAGGCUUAUUAGAACAGCUGAAGUCGUGCAUCGUAUGGUCUUGGGCAUAUUUUUGGAGUGUCUGGUUCUUUGUUAUGCUAUUUUUGGUCAACCUUCUACGACUGCCAUUUAGAUACAACGACAGUCUUACAGCAGCACCCGGCCCAGCCAUGUUUGGCACCGAGUCCUCAUUAAGCAUGUUCCUCAACACGCUGACGCCCAAGUUCUACGUGGCUCUAACGGGGACUUCCUCCUUGAUCUCCGGCCUCAUACUGAUAUUUGAGUGGUGGUACUUCAGGAAGUAUGGCACUUCCUUCAUCGAGCAGGUGUCUGUGAGCCACCUGCGCCCUCUGCUGGGUGGAGUCGAUAACAGCUCCCCCACUAACUCCAACACCAGUAACGGAGACGCAGACUCCAACCGACAGAGCGUGUCAGAAUGUAAAGUAUGGCGAAAUCCACUUAACUUAUUUCGAGGGGCAGAGUACAACAGGUACACGUGGGUAACGGGUCGAGAGCCGCUCACGUACUACGACAUGAAUCUUUCGGCGCAGGACCACCAGACGUUCUUCACGUGCGACUCGGACCAUCUACGGCCAGCCGACGCAAUAAUGCAGAAGGCUUGGCGAGAAAGGAACCCACAGGCACGCAUCUCUGCUGCCCACGAAGCGCUGGAGUUGGAGGACUGUGCGACGGCGUAUAUCCUGCUAGCGGAGGAGGAGGCGACCACCAUCGUGGAGGCAGAGAAGCUGUUCAAACAGGCGCUGAAGGCCGGGGAGGGCUGCUACCGACGCAGCCAACAGCUCCAGCACCACGGCUCACAGUAUGAAGCACAGCACAGAAGGGACACAAAUGUAUUAGUUUACAUUAAGAGAAGACUUGCCAUGUGCUCCCGAAAGCUCGGGAGGACGAGGGAAGCAGUCAAAAUGAUGCGAGAUUUAAUGAAGGAGUUCCCUCUCCUUAGUAUGUUCAACAUCCACGAGAACCUUCUGGAGUCUCUACUGGAGCUGCAGAACUACGCAGACGUACAGGCCGUACUCGCCAAGUACGACGAUAUUAGUUUACCUAAAUCUGCAACAAUAUGCUACACAGCAGCACUCCUCAAAGCCAGAGCAGUAUCUGACAAGUUUUCUCCAGAGGCUGCGUCUCGGCGGGGCUUGAGCACAGCUGAGAUGAAUGCGGUAGAAGCCAUACACAGAGCUGUGGAGUUCAACCCACACGUACCCAAAUACCUCUUAGAGAUGAAGAGUUUGAUCCUGCCCCCGGAGCACAUCCUGAAGCGCGGGGACAGUGAGGCCAUAGCCUACGCCUUCUUCCACCUGCAGCACUGGAAGAGGGUGGAGGGGGCCCUCAACCUGCUCCACUGCACCUGGGAAGGCACCUUCAGAAUGAUCCCUUACCCGUUGGAAAAAGGCCACCUCUUCUACCCAUAUCCCAUCUGUACAGAGACCGCAGACAGAGAGCUUCUACCAACAGUGUUCCACGAGGUGUCGGUCUACCCAAAGAAAGAGCUGCCGUUCUUCAUCCUGUUCACGGCUGGCCUGUGCUCCUUCACCGCCAUGUUGGCCCUGCUCACACACCAGUUCCCAGAGCUCAUGGGCGUCUUCGCUAAAGCUUUUCUCAGCACGCUUUUCGCGCCUCUCAACUUCAUCAUGGAGAAAGUGGAGAGCAUCCUACCUUCCAGCCUCUGGCACCAGCUCACACGGAUCUAAAGACCUAGACCCAGACCCAGACCCAACAACAACCCCCCUCAAAACCCUGGCCCGGCCCACCCAACCAAACGCCCUGACCAACACACCCCCUCCCACCCCUGCCCCCCCGCAUGGCCUUGGACUGGACUGGCCUGGCCUGGCGUGUCAUGGCUGGCUGACCCCCUCUCACCCCCGUGCCAAGCUCACAGUCAGCUGGAUGAGAUGAGAUGAGAAAAGAUGGAGGAAAAGCCCAACGCCAGAUGAGGAAAUGCCCACCCACCGCCAGACAAAAGGGGUUUUAAAAAAAGAAACAUUCAGAAAAAGGGCAACUAUGAUUUUGACUUAUUUUAUAUAUAAAAAAAAAAACAAACAGCGUUCUUCUGUUCUGAUUUUUUUUGUUUCGUUUUUUGUUUUUUUGUUUUAUGGUUUAUUUUUUUCCAAAUUCAUGUUGGAACCUGUUUUUUGUUGUACAAAAAAGAGGUGAUAAAUGCCAUCAAAAAUGAAAAAAAGGACAAAAAAUAAAGACUUUUGUGUAUUGCUGCAAAAUAAAAACCUGUCUGUUUGCUUUUGGAAGUAGAGAGAAAAACAGUAAGUCAAAACGAGAAGGGUUUUUCUCUGGAUUGACCAUAAUACAAUGCCGGUUACAGCGUAGGCGUGCAGUAGGAUGGCACUGCAGCUAGUUUGUUACAGGUAGACUGUUUUGAUGUGUCUGGACAUAUUUUGGAGACUAGGAGUACAUUCCAAUAUGCGUCCUCCCUUGUGGCCUUGUGAUGACGUCACCGACAACAUAAUUGUUUUUCAAUACCUCGCAAAAUCUCAAUUCUAAUGUAAUUUUCCUCAUUUGCAAAUGGAAUGGUGAAUGAAAAAUAGUCCCCCAAAAGUUGUGGCUAGGCUGACAUCGGGGAAACUACUGUUUUUCUCCACGGAGGCAGGGCGUCAGUGAAACGCAAGGCCACAAGCACAGACCGAGGACGGGAGUCUGCAUAAUGAAAUGAACCCUAGUUCAGUUCUCAGCUUCAAUAUCAGUCCUCCAGUUGUUUCCUCUGGCAUUUUGCCUCGCCGUCACAUCACACGUGUCGCCAGUGCAACAAAGUGCGAUCAUGUCCAGUGACUUCCCACUGAACUUUAUUGAUUUUCCUAGUCUCCUACAGGGCAAUGGCUUGCCAUGACAUGGAAUUUCAUUCGCUAACUCAAGGGUCUUGUCUACUGUCUUGGUCAAGGCCAACCAAACCUUUUAAACAAAGUCUGAAAUGAAACCACUUGUUGAUACAAGUAAAUUUUAUUUGUUUAAAUUAUAUAUAGUUUCUAUUUACAUGUAAUGUUUUUAAGAUUUGUUUAACAAACAUUCUGUUAAGUGAGGAUUUAAUAAAUAUGUUCAACUUGCUUGAAGGAAAACAAAAGAGUUCAGGGAACAUAAUGUGUACUUAUGCACAAAGAGUGGCUGAUAGGCUUACACAAAGCUUAAGAAACCUGAUUAGAUUGCCUAAAGCUAUGUCAAUUAAUCUGUGUUCAUCUCUGAUAGUGUUCAGCAGGUCUGCAUGAAGAGAGGAGAGUGGUAUCCAGCUGCAGUCUUUUUGAGGCACCUCCCAACAUACACCACAGGGCAGAGUGGUUGAAAGCAGAAGUACUGUUCCGAAUGUAAUUACAACACUAGUGGUAUGAUACUACUUAAAAAAACUAAAACAUACUUAGCAUCCGCACUUGUUGUUCUGUAUAUUUCCUGUGCAUUUUGUAUCUACUAGGGAUGUUGGCUAUUAUUAUGUCCUCGAUUGUAAGUCGCUUUUGUCAAAAAAAACAUCUUCCAAAUGCAAUGUAAUGUAAUGACAUGUCAUGGUUCCAACUUGUAAUACCAUACUGCUAGUGUUGUAAUUACACCUGUAAGAGUAAUUCUACAUCUACUUUAUGCAACUCUGCUACAGAGCGACAACAGAGCUCACCCCUUCAGGCCGGUAGUGACUGUCUUGUUAGCCGUGUCAAAACAGCUAGGAUCCCGGAUCAGGAAAUAAAAAGUCUGUCAUGUUGUUCUUCACUGGUGACUUCAGUGAGUAGGUGAUCUAUAUUGUGUUCAAUGCUGGUAAUGAUGGAUCAGCUGAUUCAAAUUUGUGGAAGUGAUUUAAACUUUUCAAUCCCAGGAUUGAGCACUCUAUACAGGCUAGUCGCUGAUCCAGUACCUGUGGUAGGUAGUGGGCAGGUGAGGGUCCGUGAGGUGAGGAGAGGUGUCCAUCAGCUUGGACAAGAAGGGUUGGGGGAAGAGGUGGGGGUCUGGAUGGCACUUUAGGUCCUGGGGGCUUGAGGUGUUGGGGUAGGUGCAAUCACGAAGCGCCCUUACAGGAGUGAAAAGGGGGAUGGGGGUGUGUGAAAAAACAAGGCACCCUUGCAGUUGUGAAUGCUGAAGAAAGAUGGGGAGGAUGG